UUGGUAACUUAACCUCCAAUGAUCUAAUAAAUGCAUGUGUGAUACCUCAAGAUGUUUGGGAUCUACAAUUAUUUAAAAGGCCACCAUCAAUGUCAACCCUGUAUUUCUUCGUAUGUUACUUUUUGAGGAAGAAUUCUCAUAUUGACCUCCGAGAUAUUUUGUAUUUAAGGAAGAACCUUCUGAGAGCAGCUUUGAGCCAUCUUAAUUGGAAGGGACCUGUAACAUUAAAUGAACAGAUGGUUUUAUUGCUCCCUACUGCUGUGUAUGCUCUUUGUACUGGUCAUGCUCCUUUUACAAAAUUCUUUAAAGAUUUUCCUUUGUUGUCCUACUCUUUGGAUAUUGCUGAGGCUCUAGAUGACUGUCAUAAGAUGGAAAACCCUAAACUCCAGAGUCUACAUGAUUUUUUGGAUUGCUCUGUGGAAGCUCUAACCAAGAUUGACAGCGGUUCUAAAGUUGAGGUUUCCCAACCGCUAAAUAAUCAUCUAGUACAUCUUCCUCGGGAAAUACGUGAUCAGCUAUUGCUUGAAAUGGAGACCUCCAUUCUUGGCUCUCUAGUGACAGAGGAGAUUAAAGAGAGACAAUUACCUGAUGUUUUCUUCUUUUGUUCUCUUGUGGCAAUUAAACUUACUCUGGGUCAUUUUCCGCUUGGGUGA